UCCUGCUUUUUGGGAGCGGUAACGAAGGGAAGACUGCAGUGACACACACACACCGCUUCCUUCGCAUACGUACUCACUUCACUUGCCACAUUUUGCCAGUAAAAUCUUCCACUUAACUUUUUUCCUUCUCUCUCUCCAUCUCCAUCCCGCCGUAACACAUGGAUUUGUGGAUUUAAUGCGGCAAAGUGUCAUGUUUGGAUUAUUUUUGGGGUUCCCUUAUAAUUGCCCGACAUGGAUGAGAGUGUUAAGGAGGCGUUGUCCAUCGUGAGUGAAGACCAGUCCCUGUUCGAGCCCCCGUACGCCGCCGCUGCCCCGCUGUCUAAGCCGGACAUGACGGCAUCAGGAUCCCAGGAUUACGGCACCGCCCCCGACAUUCACCCCCUGCCCCCCCAGCAUGAGUGGCUGAGCCCGGCCCGUCACGUGAGCAUCAAGCGGGAAUAUGAGCACAUCAACGGCGGCUCCAGUGACUCUCUGGCGCCGCCCUGUCUGCUGAAGGGCACCAAGCAGCCCAGUGGCACCGACGCCACUCGCACCCCCUACGGCUGCUAUGCUGAUGAGAAGAGUGGCCUGCUGGCGAGCUCCGGCGCCUGCGAGAGGAGGGUCAUUGUCCCGGCAGACCCCGGCCUGUGGACCCCGGAGCACGUGCGGCAGUGGCUGGACUGGGCGGUCAAGGAAUACGGGUUGCUGGAGGUGGAGACCACGGCAUUUCAGGGCACCGACGGCAAGGCUCUCUGCAGGAUGGCCAAGGAUGACUUCCUGCGGCUCACGUCCGCGUACAGCGCUGACGUCCUUAUGUCCCACCUGCACUACCUCAGGGAGAGUAGCUCUUCGUUGUCCUACAAUGUCCCAUCUCACAUGGACCAGCCCCACACGCGACCGGUGGCUAAGGAAGACACCCCCUAUGAAGUUCCAGGGCAGGCAGCUUGGACGGGGGCCAUGCAUGUCGGGAAAGGCUCACCGCCAGGAGUCACACAGAGUGUCUCCAAGACGACGGAGCAGCCGGGGGCUCAGCCAGAUCCUUACCAGAUCCUGGGUCCAACCAGCAGCCGACUGGCUAACCCAGGAUCUGGCCAGAUACAGCUGUGGCAGUUCCUCCUGGAGCUGCUGUCGGACAGCGCCAACGCGGCGUGCAUCACCUGGGAGGGCACCAGCGGCGAGUUCAAGAUGACGGACCCGGACGAGGUGGCGCGACGAUGGGGCGAGAGGAAGAGCAAGCCCAACAUGAACUACGACAAGCUGAGCCGCGCGCUGCGCUACUACUAUGACAAGAGCAUCAUGACCAAGGUGCAUGGCAAGCGCUAUGCCUACCGCUUCGACUUCCACGGCAUCGCCCAGGCACUGCAGCCGCACCCUGCCGAGCCCCCCGCCUACAAGUACCCCCCCGAGCUGGGCUACGCCCCUCCCUACCCCCCACCUCAACAGAAAAUGGCCUUUGCCCCCCCACACCCCUCCCCAGUGCCUGUCACCUCCUCAAACUUCUUUGGGCCGGCUCCCCCUUACUGGAACUCACCCGGGGGGGGCAUGUACCCGGGCCCAGGAGUCCCUCGACACCCUAACGCUCAAGUGCCCUCACAUCUGGCCAGUUAUUAUUAAAACUAACACCACACACACACACACACACACACACACAUUCCUGUUAUGGUGUUUGUACUCUCAGCUUUCCGGAAGCAGAGGGACCCUCCCCCAAACUGGCAAGGUGAAGUUCUUCUGACAUUCUUCAGGAGGAAAUAUUUCUUCUGUUUUUUCCAAAGGAUACAUAAAAAAAGAAAAUGCUUUAUUUCAGCUUCAGUGCCAAAUGGAUUAUAACUUUCAUGAAGGUAAGGCUCGUUAUUCCUAAUAGCCCAGCAUUCAGGUCAUCAUGGAUAUAGCUGGGAUAGAGACCUUCCGCCUUCCGUUUUGGGCUUAAAUGGGCCCCAGAUCUCCACUCUCCGUCCCUCCCUGUGCCUCGGGAAUCUUGCAGGAUCAUGGUGGAGUCUAGAGAUCUGUCACCUGGAAGAAGCAAACCAUAGACAGAUGCCGUUCUUUAGGUGUGAAGAGUCAAAUCCUGGAACGCUCAUCAGCCUCAGAGUUCUGUAUUUUGGCCAGUCAUUGUAUUAUCAUGGGAUCUGGUCAGAUCACUGCUGAGCACAUUACAUUCUCUUAGAUUCUGUGCUGAUUCAUAAGAGAUCCAUGUCAUGGGGAAGUUCUCAGUAUCCGAGCACACCUAGAGAACUUCAGAAGACCACCACUAGUCCUUUUUAUUCACUCUCCCUUUCUCUGUCUCUCUGUACCUGUCUUUCUCUGUAUCUCUCUCUCUCUGUCUGUAUGUCUGUCUGUCUUUCUGUCUGUCUCUCUCUCUGUAUCUGUCUCUCUGUGUGUCUGUCUCUCUCUU